AUGGGCUUGAGGGCCCUCUUCAAGAGCUUGCGUCCCUCGGAUGGAAAAGAGACGCCUACUUCACUGUCACCGUCGCCAUCGUCAUCACCAUCACUAUCGAAAGCGGGCACUGAUAAAAACGAUAGCAUAAAAACUGCGACCAGCAGCCAUACUCUACAAUCGGCUUCUUGUAACUCUGACCCCAAUUUUACUUCUAAUGACAGCGCGCCCCGGGACUUAUGGGAUGAAGCCUACGCUACUCUGAGCGGAGAAGAUCCGAAACUGAUAGAGAAGUACGAAGAAAUAUUGUUGACUAAGGACAAAGGAAACGUUGAUUCGAGCCAAAAUCAUCUAGCGCCAGCUGGAUCGUAUCAACGCGAGGAGCAGCUACGGCAAAUAGCGAAGGGCAAAGUAGAAGAAGUCGAUAUAGCUCAGUUGCAAGUCAAGAUUGGUAGCCACUCCGUGGACUUCAGUGGUCAGUUUGACAAAGCUGUCAAGAUUGUGGUUGCAGCCAAGGAUUUCGUAUCCUCAGCUGUCAGUGCUGAGCCACAUGCUGCACUAGCGUGGGCUGGGGUGUGCAUUUUCUUGCCGCUUCUUUUGAAUCCGUCACAGCAGAAGUCGGCUGCCCAUGAUGGCCUUGAGGCUGUUCCCUUUUCUGUGCGCAGAUUAAGGGUCAUGGAAAGGCUUAUCAGACCAGGGAACUCCGGACUAACUUGGAGUAACUAUCAGUCUGAUAGCCUGGAGCUUGUAAAGGACUUUGAGGGUACGGCGGUGGAGCUGUAUAAGACAAUUCUCGAAUUCCAGAUUCGAUUAGUGAGACAGUAUUCCGAUAAUUGGGCGAUACGUUACGGACGAGAUAUCUUCAAAGCCGAUGACUGGACGAGUCUAACCAGUCAGAUCAAGACUCUUGAGGCAAGGUGCACCGAUAUUGCUCAAGAUUUGAGUCACGAGCGGAUUGAGAGAGCGUUGCAAGUCAGUGAGCACAACAUGCAACGCGGUCUGCAGGAGGUUCAGCAAGAGUUAAAGAAAACGACACAUAGUAUUGAGCAGCAGACUAUGAUGCAAUCUGCUUGGCGACAGAUCGACAAGGAGCGCAAGUGUGUACGUCUGUUUCGACAAUCGAAUCCGUACGAGAAUCAGAAAAACAGAACACCAAAAAGAGUUCUUGAAACAGGAAAUUGGUUCCUGGAGAAUGACAAAUUUCUCGCUUGGCGAGAAAAUGAAGGACCCGAUCUUCUUUGGCUGUCUGCUAAGCCCGGUUCGGGCAAAUCCGUUUUAGCAAAGACAAUUAUCGAUGAGGGUCUGAUCACCUUGAGCCAUCAGAAGCAGUCCGCUGUCUGUUAUUUCUUCUUCAAAGACAUCUCCCCGUAUCAAAGAAGUGCACUCAGCGCCAUAUCUGCAAUCCUACACCAGCUUUUCUCGGUAUUCCCGUCUCUAGUGAAGCAUGCUCUUAGGUCUUACGACUUAAAUAAAGAGGAGCUACCCACCUUAUUUGACGAAAUGUUUGGUAUUCUCUGUCAAGCGGCUACUGACCCCAUCGUCGGACAAAUCGUGUGCGUACUGGACGCCCUCGACGAAUGCAGUGACACUGAUCGAUUCUUUUUGAUCGAAACGAUCACCAAUUAUUACCAUCAGUUCAAGAAUGAUUUAAGAGCUGACGUUCGGCCUAAGUUGAAAUUCCUCUUAACCAGCCGUCCUUAUUCCCACAUUCAUUCGCAAUUCUAUGAUCUCAUAAAGGAGGCCCCUACGAUUCACUUAUCAGGGGAUCAUGAAUCCGAAAAAAUCAAAGAUGAGAUCGAUGUAGUCAUUGAUGCCAAGGUCCCAAAGCUUGCUACUGAGAGGGGGUUCGACAAAGAGGCAACAAAGUACCUGCUUGAGGAGUUGCACACAGUCGACAAUAGAACGUAUCUGUGGCUCAGUCUGAUAAUGGAAGAGAUCCGCCUCAGUGAACGACCAGCCAACAAGCGAGAAUUGCAAAAGAUUAUUUCAGGCUUGCCGCGAAGUCUGAUUGAAGCUUACGAUGCAAUCUUAAGGAGAUGCCGCCACCCAGACCUUGCAAGGCAGCUCCUGCAUAUCAUUCUGGCAGCCCGGGAGCCUUUGGCAGUCGAUGACAUGAGAGUAGCCACUGCUCUUGCCAAUGAUUUAGAAUAUCGCUCAUAUGACGAAAUUGGGAUCGAACAGUCAGACGCUUUCGAAAUGAGAAUAAAAAAUGUUUGUGGUCUUUUGGUGACCAUUGACAACGGCUCUGUUUUUCUCAUCCACCAAACGGCCAAGGAAUUCCUGGUCAAGAACGACGACACGAGCCACAAGAGUGACACUUGGAGAAACAGUUUCAGUCCGCUGGAUUCAGAGACAUUACUCGCAAAAGUCUGCAUCAGUCUGCUUUCUUUCACUUGUUUUUCCAAAUCCCCACUCACAAUUGACAACGAUGGUGAUGAAACCUUCACAAGUGUUCCUGAGUAUGUCAAGAAUAAUCCAUUUCUAAAGUAUGCCGCAACUUAUUGGACGGAACACUGCCAAGAAGCCAAACUUGAUAACAAUCCAAAAUGGAUGUCGUCGAUGCUGUCCCUUUGCAGUGUGAACAAACCGGCAUUCAGGACAUGGUGCGCAAUUUACCAACGUCUGGGUAAUCAACAUGUCCCGUGGAACACAACGAGCUUGAAUAUUGCUGCUCAAUUUGGUUUUGCGAAUGUUCUUGCCUCUCUUCUAGAAAACGGAGAAGACCCUAACGAGCCUGGUGACCACGGAGCAACACCGCUUGCGCGUUCCGUGCAGAGAUCUAGAAUGGCUGUGGACCUUCUUUUAAACGCCAAUGCAGACAUCAAUGCCUACGGAUGGGAGGAAUCCUGGUACAGUGAUCUCGACGACACAGGCAGCAAGCUAAAAGUCAAGCCAUUUUCAGGUACUCCUCUGGUCAUGGCUGUAAUUAGCGACGAUGUCGAAAUGGUCAAAUAUCUGAUCGAACGUGGAGCUGAGAUAGACUUUCCUCCGCAUAGUUUGUCAACGCCGCUCUUCAUAGCAUGCCUCCAGUGUGAUAUUGAUGAAAGAUUGGAAGCAAAAGAGAUUCUCCAUCUGCUACUUCGCUACGGGGCGAAUGUUUGUUUCGAGAUGGAGGAUGAACAUUAUCAGGUAGAGAUGACCGUCCUCCACUCUGCAGCUAUGAGCCAAAACCGAUCGACGUUGCAAGUGCUUCUUGGCUCGGAGACUGCAGAUGUCAACUUCCAGCUUCGGGAAUUACCGAGGGACGCUCGAAUGAAAUAUCAAAAUAUCAUCGAAGAUCAGUUGUCCAUCGAUGAGCCAGAAAUCUCAUCUGGUAAGAUCAGGUCAUCGCAGGUCGAUUCUUCUUCCGCCAGUGGGAGAGGCAUUAAUGCGUCUGGAGGAGACGAAGAUUCAGAAGGUGGUGAAAUUGAUGACAACACUUCCAUACCCGAGUAUCAGGAUUCCGACGGUGGAUCUGGGUCCGACUCCAAUCAUUGUGCCCAUCAAUCUGACUUUUCUGAGUCGAGCGACUGGUCGCUAAAUUAUGAUUACAUGAUUGGGGCCACUCCAUUACACCUCGCAGCUAGUAGUGGAUUGGUGGAGAAUGUCAAGCUUCUUCUGGAGCAUGGAGCCAAUCCACAUGUCAAAAAUGCCGAUGGCCAUACAGCAAUGGAUUUUGUUCUUGCAUUGACCUCUAUUGAUGAUGACGGUAAUGACAUAUCCGGCAGCGAUAAGGCCCUCAACUCUCUAAAAGCGGAACUGAUAGAGUUGCUCGAACAAAAUGGUCCCGUUUCCUCGGAGAGAAGACAGAAUGAGAUCACUGGUAUGGAAGGAUUCGUGAGCUAA